GUCAAGACCGGUCAAGACGCAGAGUGUAGCAACCCGUCGUACAUGUAAACACGGGUCGCCUGAGGAAGGCAGUAAGUUUUCUCUUUGGAUACGGAUUAUAGAAGUUAUGACGAAAGGUACCUCAAGUUUUGGUAAACGCCGCAAUAAGACACACACACUGUGUCGUCGAUGUGGUCGCUCAUCAUAUCAUAUUCAGAAAUCAAAAUGUGCACAGUGUGGAUACCCCAGUCGUAAAUUAAGACACUAUAACUGGAGUGUUAAAGCCCAACGGAGGAAGACAACUGGUACUGGUCGAAUGCGGCAUCUGAAGAUAGUGAGGCGCAGAUUCAGGAAUGGAUUCCGUGAAGGUGGCAAACCAGCACCACGCAAAGUUGCUGGAACGUAAACUGGAGUGUGUUUAUAAUCUGAAUUUUGUUUGGUGUAUUAAUAUGAAAGCAAGUCAAUAAAAUAACAAAGUUAUUUCUUUGUAA